AAGGUGGGCGGGGCUAGGCCGGAACUGCUGGUGGGAGGCAGCCACCUGAGAUCAUCAGGCCACCUCUGGACCGGCGGGUGCAGGGCCUGGUCCCAGAGUUCAGGGUGGAAGUCGUUUGGAAAUCCCAGCGCCAACAGGACUUUUGGCAGCGGAGGCUGGAAGCAGCGGAACCAAAGGCGGACGGUCGUCAGUUGCUGGGGCGGACGUGGACCCAAGCUGUCCGUCCUUGCAAGUUUCCCCCAGGGUUACGACCUAGACGUGCGACAAAUUCAGGUUCGCCAGCACCGUAGUGGUAGUCACUGGCCCAAGUUGGAGGCCAACUAAGAAGUCUUCGUGCCUCAGAUUUGUUGACCUACAGAAUGCUUCGGUAUCCAUAUUUUUGUAGAAUGUAUAAAGAAUAUCUUUCAUGUUGGUUGGAAUCUGGCAUACCUAAUUUAGCUAUUUGGCCAAAAAGAAUACAUACUACAGAAGAAAACUAUAAAGUAUAUGAAGCCCAUGAGCAAACAGAUCAAACUCAAGCCCAGGAGUUAUACAAAUCUCAAGACAGAAAUUUUGAAACUAUGGUUAAAUUACAUAUUCCAGUAAUGGUGGAUGAAGUUGUUCAUUGUUUGUCACCGCAAAAAGGACAGAUUUUUCUAGAUAUGACAUUUGGUUCGGGAGGACACACAAAAGCCAUUCUACAGAAGGAGUCAGAUAUUGUUCUGUAUGCCUUGGACAGAGACCCGACUGCUUAUGCAUUAGCUGAACAUCUUUCAGAGUUGUAUCCUAAACAAAUCCGAGCUAUGCUGGGCCGGUUCAGCCAGGCAGAAACCUUGUUAAUGAAAGCUGAAGUGCAGCCAGGGACUUUUGAUGGAGUUCUUAUGGAUCUUGGAUGUUCCUCCAUGCAACUUGAUACUUCUGAAAGAGGUUUUUCCCUUCGGAAAGACGGCCCCUUGGACAUGAGGAUGGAUGGUGACAGGUACCCUGACAUGCCCACUGCUGCUGAUGUUGUGAAUGCUUUAGAUCAACAGGCACUUGCAUCUAUCCUAAGAGCGUAUGGGGAGGAGAAGCAUGCCAAGAAAAUCGCUUCAGCAAUUGUUCAGGCACGCAGCAUCUACCCCAUUACCAGAACCCAGCAGCUUGCCAGCAUCGUUGCAGGUGCAUUUCCUCCCUCUGCCAUUUAUGCACGAAAAGACUUGCUACAGCGAUCUACUCAUAUUGCCACCAAGACUUUCCAGGCUCUUCGCAUAUUUGUAAACAAUGAGCUCAAUGAACUCCACACAGGACUGAAGACAGCUCAGAAGUUUCUGAGACCUGGUGGUCGUCUCGUUGCCCUCUCCUUCCAUUCACUAGAGGAUCGCAUCGUCAAAAGAUUUUUGCUUGGAAUAAGCAUGACAGAAAGGUUUAACCUAAGUGUUAGACAGCAAGUGAUGAAAGCAUCGCAAUUGGGUUCAGAUCACGAAAACAUGGAAGUCUCUAUGAGAAGAGCUCCUUUAAUGUGGGAAUUGCUACACAAGAAGGUACUUAGUCCACAAUCUCAGGAUAUACAAGAUAACCCCAGAGGGCGCUCAGCCAAGCUUAGAGCAGCUAUCAAAUUAUAAGUUACCAUCAUCUUAUUCUUCAAUUUUUUUUCGCAAUUUCUCUAAUCUUUACUCUUGUUAUGUUCCUGAAUAUCUUGAUAAAGGUUUAAGUGUGGGACAGUCUGAAAAUUGAUGUGUUUAGCUUUUUUUUUUUUUUUCUCGAAAAGAAACUGUAGGAAAUACUAGCAUGACAGAGAAACUUCUACUCAGGGAGCAGCAGCAUCUCAAAACUGGAAACGUGUUAAUCUUUGCAUCAUAUUGGACACUUGAAAUGCAAUCCUUCCUCUGGCCAGGAAAUUUUUUAAAAAAUAAUACUAUUUUGUGUUUAUCUAAAUAUGUAAACUCAAGCUGUCAAAGAUACAUAAUCAUACCUGCAUGUCCUAAAUUUUGAAUUUAGAUAUUCCAAUUUGCAACAAUCUUUCUCUGGCUCAAAUAAUGAUGAUUAUGGAAUGAAUUUUAAUGUCCCUACUUGUGAAUAAUUAUUAUAGCUUUCUCAAAUGUAGGCUUUUUACAAAUUUAAAAUUUUUUAAUAUUAGUUUAAAUAUGUUAUACUGCUAAAAUUUUAUUUUUCAAAUUAUAGUUUAUUAUUUUAAAGGGAUUUUUCAGUAUGAUAUGGGUCAUUUUGUUCAUAUACUCCAAAGUAAAAAUAUAAAUCCUUACAGAGAAUUAUUU